AUGGGAAGCUUCGUUUUUAGAUGGCCGCAUCCAGAUGCUGCGGACGUCCAUGUUACUGGCACUUUCGAUGACUGGGGUAAAACUGAGAGUUUGAACAAAGUGGGCGACGUUUGGGAGAAAGAGGUGGAACUCUCCCAAAUAGACAAGAAAAUACUCUACAAGUUCGUGGUCAAUGACAAAUGGGUCAUCGAUCCCACCGCUCCGCAAGAGGAUGACGGUCAUGGCAACGUCAACAAUGUCUUGCACCCAGACCAAAUCAAGCCCAAGGCGGCAAUAGUUCCUGAAGCCGUGACCACCUCAAGCGCUGCGCCGGACAGUACUACCGCAGCGAUGGCUGGUCAGGUGCCGCUGGAACCCAAGAAAGAGGCCACCGAAGUUACUCCUACCUCUGAUUCCACCCUGAACGAAGAGACAACUAAAAGUAGUUUACCAGGUGCAUUCCCCGAAACCCCGAUGAAGGAACCCGACUCUUUCGGCGUCAAUCCCCUCCCAGCGACCAGCGGAGCAGGGAACCCGGUCGACAUUCCGGCAGGCGAAAAGCUCCCUCCUCCCAGCGAAGUCACCUCAAAUACAAUCGAUUCCACGGUCACCACUUCAAAAGAAGACUAUGAGAAAGCAGGUGGUUCGUCAAUUCCGAUCGUCGGGGGCACGCUUGCUGGUGCUGCAGGACUGAUGGGAUUUUCUUCAGACAAGAAAGAGAAAGAGAAUUUGAUCCCCGAAUCUUCACUUCCUAUGGGUGACCAGGCCACCGAGGCGCUUGAUGCGGGGCCAAUGAUAAGCUCAGCUGCGCCAGCUUCCACUACGGCCGAAAUGGCUGGUCAAGUGCCUCUGGAAGAAAAGAAAGCUGCCACAGUCGUCGAUCCACAGACCACCACGGAGACUGUUCCUGAAGUCGUCAAGGAGUCAAUCGCAGAAGCACAUACCAGCCCCGAGGCCACCACUUCCCCAGAAGUCGUGAAAGAGAAGGCCGAAGUGGAACAGGAACUCUUGAAGAAAGUGCCAGAGAAUGAUGAGGAGGGCAAGCCAGCGCCGUCGGCAACAGUUCCUGAAACUACAACACCUGGUGAGGCUCCUACGGCCACUGUUUCCACAGAGAAGACGGAGGGUGACAACACUGAGUAUGCGCCUCCACAAACCACCUCCACGGUCCCCGAAGAGUCCACCCUGGCUGGUGAACCCGCCGUGCAAAUGAUGAACAAGAAUGAGGCCGAAGCGACCGGUGCCACCACAGCACCAGCACCCGCAGCAACAACCUCAACUGAAGGCACCGCUGCCGCAGCCACGACUGAGGCUCCCAAGGCGGAAGCACCCACAACGGCAGCCCCAGAGUCCAAGAAAGAGCCGGCCGAAACCCCCGCCACAACGAGUGCCACAUCAACUCCCACCAAAAAGCCAGCCACCACACCGACUAGUAGCCCUGCAUCAGACACCAAGGAGAAGAAGAAACACCGAAUUAGCUCAUUGUUCAAGAAGAUCUUGAAGUAG